GGAAAAAUCUGGGGGUACAAAGCAAUUCCUGGUUCCUGUGUUUUUCCUGCCCCUUGGAUAGGCCUAAUAAAGGAUCAUCAACAAACAUGAGAAAACUCAACAUAUCUAGAAACGCCCUUGAAAGUAUACCCGCAAGUUAACGGUUCUUUAUACUGUUCCAUCCUCUGGCUGCUUUGACUUUGAUGAUGGGAGACUUUAAGUUGUUCAGGAAGUUUCUCCUUCUGAGAGAAGUUCUUGAAUAGGAAUUUUCCCUCAAAAGUUCAAAUCAAGGGAAGAAAUGGCGGAUGUGGCAGGUGACAAGACAGGUUCCUCUUCUUCCACACCACCAACUGAUGGUGUGGGGGGAGGCCCCAUCAUCAAAGAGUCCCAGGAGUCAGAGGAGUACCAACAGGACCUGCAGGUUGUCCUGGGCACGGCGUUCGGCGUCAUCGCAGUUGUCGGACUAAUUGCCCUCACUUUCCUCCUGUACCGAGUGUACCGGGCUCGGCAACGGGCUCUGGCAUAUACUCCAAAUGAUGAAAAUGGUGUGUUUGAGAGACAGAUGUCAGUUGACAUUGGUGUCAAGUCCCAACCCGUGGUCCUACUUCUCUACGCCAACGACUGCCCGAUUCACGAGCGGGUUGUAGCAGCUCUGGCAGGUUUUCUAAUGGAGGUUUGUGGGGUCACAGUGACCCUUGACCUUCUGGAAGAGACAGACAUCAUGGAGCGAGGAAUCGACGACUGGCUGGUGGACAAGUUACAGGAAGCGGAUUACAUCCUCGUCAUAUGCUCUGUCGGGGCUAGACUUCGCUGCUCCAAAAAGAAAAUUCGAUUUAAGUCGGAUAGCAGCAGGGUUCUGCCAGAUUAUUUUGCCGUGGCGGUGGAUUAUGUUGCAGAGAAAAUGCGGGCAGAGAAGCAGAAAGGGCUGGGUAUGAAUAAGUUUGUGACAGCUUACAUGGAGUACUCUACCCCAUCAGAUAUACCCCCGCAGUUAGAGUCAUCGACACAGUUUUGUCUGAUGAAAGAUAUCCAUGCCAUGCACAGCCAUAUGAACGCUCAGGGACCAGAAUCUGACAAGAGUGACUCUGGCUCUCAGCACAGCUCGUGUGAACGUCACUACCACGAAACAGAGACAGGGGCUCUUCUGAAGGCCACGCUCGAACAAGCGAAGACGUUCUUUAGAGAGAACCCUGCGUGGAUGGAUGAGUGUAUCGAGCAUAUCGAAGCACCGUUUUGGUCACUGCGCCGAGGCAAAGCCAAGAAAAAGCGUCGCAACUCCAUGGAACAACCUCUCAUGCUCUCGGGGACGCCUCAGGUGAUGUCUUACCAGAAUCAUGACAACGUUCUGGGCGUGGAGAGGGGCACGCUUGGCGUCAGUCCGUCAGCUCUCUCACACCACAUGAUGCACCGGUCGACCUCCAAGAACUUGCCGUUCCAUCACAGUGAACUGAUGGCCGUGGACCCGGAGGUGUGCAGCACACUGCCGCGCAGCAGCGCUACCUCACACCUACAGAAGUGUGGCCAGUUCUGUCUCCUCGGGACGGGCGUGUCCCAGGGCAGGCAAAACUCUCUCCCUUCGUCUCUGGCCAGCAGCUGUCUCAUCGACCCCACGUCUACUCAAACAAUGUCCAAGAGUAUGGACAGUUUCGCGCGAGAUUCGGCCAUCCACGCUGAGCUAGACGGGCACACUUGUUUCUUCUGCAAUAACGUCCACAUGGAUAUACGGUCGUCCUGUCGGAGACACGCCCAUGCCAGACAUAAAGGUUCGGACGGAGAUUUGCCUCAGCACUCGUCCUUGGUCUCGAUGGACCACAGCUGCUCACAUCUCGCGUUACCGACGUACGGUGUGAGUCCGAGUCGUUCUCACACGAUCCUUCAGGCAGAGGUACACCAGGAAUGGGGCCACUCAAACAAGGGCACGCCCGAGAAGAAAUCUGCAACGUUAACUGGAGACCCACGCUCGUGGAGCUCUGACCUUGACACAAGCGGCGGUCCCCUCACGCCGUAUCAGUCCCUCCCUCCCCACUUCCCCCCACCCGUGUCAUCACAGCCCCCGGACAAGUGGGAGCUUCGUCAAAAUCUCCACGGGUGGCCAGAUUCUUCGUGCCACACCAGGCUGGACUUGUGCAAUCCCAGACUGCCCCGGCGGUCAUCCUCGGAUGUUUCUAUCUCUACAGAUGACUCUGGGUCGCUAUCAGACGGAGACUCCUUGGAGAGAGACUUGCGAUCCAUUCAGAAUAUUUCGUCUUUUCAUGACUUUGUGAUUUCCUCGUCUUUCGUUGGAAGUGAUCGAUCGGCGCAGAGAUCUUUAAAAAAUUCUGUUCAUUCAGACAUCAAGUUGCCAAUGUGUCUGAAAACUUACGAUCUUUCGUCUUUAAAACGGGAGGACUUUGACAUGGAAAGGUGCACAUAUCGCAGUACGGAAGAAGUGGUAUGAUGUACACAUUCACACUCUGGACAUGGCCACAAUCCAGUGGAGAAGCCCCAAGUGGUCUGAAGUGCUAUUUUGUAAAGAUACAAAUUUUACUUUUGGCAAACAUACUUGGCCACAUCCACUCCACUUGUGAUGGGGGAGAGAGGUGGGGAGGGAAGGGGGGUGCAAAAGGGGCUGUGGCUGUAAAUCAUAUAAAGUCUGGCCCUGAUGUUUCUGAUUUUUUAAAAUCCACAAACACAUGUUUUCUUUCACUGAAUUCUGGUCUCUGUAUCAUAAUAAAUUAUUUUAAUGUGAUGUGCAGAAAGUGGUUGUAUAUCUCACAUGUUCUUUGUGAGUGAACUGUUUUCAAAAGAUGAGCUUGACUCAAGAAGUGCUUUCUUUUCCGUUUACAUCAAACCACAAAGAUGUAAAAACUAAAUGAAGUCGGAUUUUUUUUCAGUUAAGGAAUAAGCGUGUAUGUGUAUAUUGUUGCUAUUGCAAGAAAAAUGUGUGAUUCUAUUUUUUUUCUCUUACCAUGAGAAACAACUAUAUUUUUCUUUUGACACUGAUGAUAUUUUAUGGGAAAUUGUGGAAAGCUCUCGUUUGGUUUGCUCCUUCUUUACUGUCAAACAUCUAUCGUCCUAAAUCUCUCCUUCUUUUCUUUGUAUGUUACUCUCUGUAACAUUGACACCUCUAUUCUUCAGCACUAAUGUAACCUUUUUGUGUAAGAAGUGCCGUAAAACUUUUACUAUUUAAAUAAAAACUAAACUCACCGUAACUAUUUUAAAAUAUUGUAUAUUUCAGCAUAAUUGAUGCUGGCAAGCGCUGCCUUUAUGUGGGGGAAAAAGGCAGGCAAACACACAUAUAUAUAUAGUAUCUGCAUGAUCUUUUUGUCGUACUGUGAUGAUUGUGUACUCCCUUUAGUGGAGUUCAAACGAUGAUCGGAUGAUCGACUUCACUGUGCAAGUCUUGUGUCUGAUUAUCUUUUCAGCCUGAAAAAUUUUUUUACUUUGCAUUUGACUAGAAUUUUUAUUGAGUAUCUCUGUCUUUCUGUUGGGCCUUGUCCCUCUUUGCCUGGGUUGACCCUGAUAGGCAGGGUCAGAACAGCCUGUGUCCUCAAUGAUCAGAUUUGUAUUGAUUGAGGUGUGAAACACUCACUAUUUUAAAAAAAGGAAAAAACAUGGGGUAUCGAUUGCAUUAGACAGGAGGGCAUUAUAACAGUGUUUUAAUUUGAUUUGAAAAUUUGGGUCGUUGCAAUGUUUUUAAGGUACAUGUACUGCAACCUUUUGAGAAUGGGUCAUGAACAUACAGUGGAAUCUGCUUAAACCAAAAGCUACAGGACUGCCUGAUUUUUUUCAUUUAAACAGGGAUUUCUGUUUCGAGAAGUUGCUGAAAUAGUGAUGAUUGUCGACAGCAUGGAGUUAGGAAUGCUAUACUGGCGGCAAAUUUCAACUUUUAAAAAAGUUGUUUUCUUAUCUACCACUCACAGUAACUGCAGUUUGAGCUGCAAGCUGUAUUGUAUGCAUUGUCCUUUCUUUUCGACAUUAUCAGCUUGCUUAUUCUGCCAAACAGUCACAAGGAAAGAAAGUGAGAAAGAAAGCCCAAUGUCCGCGACAUCAUAAAACACACCACAUGCCUCCACAUGCUCAUGUGUAGAACCUGUGUAAACUAGCUUUGCAGAGACAAUGAGCAGUGACCAACUGCAAAUGGCGUGACCAACAUACAUAUUUGCUAUCCUGCGUAACUAGGCCUAAACAUAGUGUGAAGGUCUAUAUUGAUGUGGGCAAUUAACAUCUAAUAGGCAAACAGUACACUGUCGUUGCCUCUCUCUCUGGCCCGCAAUCAACACACUUGUUACCUCAUGUCUUUGUCUUCUGUGUCGCUGUCUUGAAGCAUGCAAUACGUGAUGAUUUGCAGUAGUUGAAGGUUGCCAGUGAAAAUUUAGAGGACUUAACCCUCAAAAUUCUUUUCAGUUUAGAAAUGCUCCUAUUUCGGGUUAUCAAUAGAUUUUUUGCAAAGACGAAGAAAAGAAUCAAGGAUUUUAUUUAGCGGUUCAUCUGUGUUCGGAUUUACCGUGUUCGGUUAAAGCAGAUUCCACUGUUUAUUAUAUUUGAACUGAUCGUCAAAGCUGUUUGAAGAAUACUUUUCUUUUGAAUAUCAUUUAAUGAUAAAUAGCCAUUGAGCAUUUUAUGAAGUGUGGCUUAUUGAAUGGAUUAAGACAGGUGCUCUUAUAUUAUUGUAUUUAUACUGUACUGUGUGUUUUAUGAAGCAAGUCGUCAGUGCAUUUUCAUAAAUGCGCAAGUCUGGAAUUUUUCAGAUAUAUUUUUGCAUUAUUAGCCUCAAAAAGAGAUUCCCCAAUGAGGAACACAAAGAUUGCAUAGCUUUAUAGCAGGAAUUGUGCUUUUGUCAUGCAAUCUAAAUACUAAAAUCAUGAUCGAAUUUAUGUCUCUCUUUUGAAAUCAAAUUUACAUAUUUAGAGAAUUACACGGACGAACUACGUUUCCAUGUCUAUUACUAUGUUAUCUUGUUUCUUGGUGCUCAACCUGACAUUGUAUCACUACUGGUCAAAAUAGAAAUGUGCUUGGGCUAAUGUUUGAGGUUUUAUAUCCGGCUAAAUGCAUUACAUUCAGAUAUAGGCACAGGUAUAGUAAAGAGUAAAGUGUGUCGAGGAAAAAACAAAGUCAGAACAGAAGGGCGGAUUGUCCUCUUUACUCUUUUACUUUGUUACUUCUGCCAGUUUUUCCUCUGCACCUUAAUUCUCAUUUCUGUGUUAGUAGUGUGUCUUUCUUUUUAAAACUCAAACUGGGAGAUAAAUAGGAUGAAAUUUUGUAGAUGAAUUUGGGGUUGGUUGGAAAAACUGUUUACCAGCACAGUUUAGAUUUACGGAUUAGGGAGGAGGGGAAGGGGAGCAAUGAAGAAUACAUCAUGUGUCUUGGUAGUCUCGUAAGGCGUGUUGUAAAAGAAAGCGGUUAUCUGCUUCACCCUUUUAGUCUUGCUCUCCUGGCAAGGAAAGACUGUGUGUCCCGCUGAACUCCCGGGCCAAAACUACAUAUUUCUUUCCCACCAACAAAAGUUGUCUCACACACUAGUCCUACAGUAACAUUGGCAUUUUGUAUUUUGAAAAAGAACAGCCAGUCUAGCCUUCUACCUCAAUUUUGCAGACUUAUUUGAAUAGCUAUUUGUAUGGGAACCCUAUUGUCUGACAGCCUGUAUUAUAUCCCACCUCAGUAUUCCAGGGAUCUGGCAUGUCGCUAUCGAGAAAAGUCCUUGAUUUUCCGGAGUCCAGUUUGGCAAGGUUGUCUCUCUCUUGUUCCAGUGCUUAUUUUUUCUUCUUUUCCAACUUGUCUGCUACUUUAAAUGUGGCUCACCCACACCCCACACCUUCUCUUCCACUCUCUUGUUUAAGUUUUUGGUGUUGUUUUUUUAAAUCAAUUAUACAGUUUGUGUACAAUUUAUAUUCGGAGCUUUUUUUUCCAUUGCAAUAUUUCACUUUAUAUUAUAUUAUACAUACAUUUUAUAUCAUAUGUUUGACAUGGCCUUUGAUUGAAUUACUAAUAAUAACGCUCCACACUUAUUUGUAUUAAGUUGUAGCACACUCAGUUUAUUUAUUGUGAAUAAUUGUACAAGAAAAAAAUGUAAUGGAGUAGGGGUAGAAAUAUGAUGCAGCAUGUACCCAUUAUCUGUAGUGUUGGCUGAGUUUCUGUACGCAACAAUAUUGGUACAAUCAUUACAAAUGUCAAAUACUUCCACACUGCACCACUGAAAACAGAAAAGGAAAAUGAGUUUAUAUUUUUGAAAAUAACUCUUUCAUGACAUAUUUUUAUUAUUUGUGCAUUGGUAAUUUACAUUGAUAAUAAAUAGCCCCCUCUCAGUACUGUCUCCUGCCAUCUGCCACACCUAAUGAGCAGGUGGUUAGAGGGUGCCAUUGGUU